UCUCUCGCCGAGACAGCCCGGGGGUGGGACUCCGUCUCUAUGGAGACCGAGAAACAGGGGAUAAUACGAGGGAGCCGCCCGGGCUGCAGUCCCGCCCCGGAGCCGGCAGGGAGCAGAGCUGCGGAGCCGCCGGGUCUCCCGCGUCCGUGGGUCCAUUCUCGCGUCCUUCUGUCCAUCGGCGCUCUGCAGGAGUAGCCACCAGGUGGAAGCCGGGGAACAUGGCAACGAGCACAGAUGUGGCUGGGCUGGAGGAGAGCUUCCGCAAGUUUGCCAUCCAUGGUGACCCCAAGGCCAGCGGGCAAGAGAUGAACGGCAAGAACUGGGCCAAACUGUGCAAGGACUGCAAGGUGGCCGACGGCAAGGCUGUGACCGGGACCGAUGUCGACAUCGUCUUCUCCAAAGUCAAGGCAAAGUCGGCUCGGGUCAUCAACUAUGAAGAGUUCAAGAAAGCUCUCGAAGAGCUGGCUGCCAAGCGAUUCAAGGGGAAGAACAAGGAGGAGGCCUUCGAUGCCAUCUGCCAGCUGGUGGCGGGCAAAGAGCCAGCCAACGUGGGCGUCACCAAAGCCAAAACCGGGGGUGCUGUGGAGCGGCUGACCGACACCAGCAAGUACACGGGCUCCCACAAGGAGCGCUUCGACGAGAGCGGCAAGGGCAAGGGCAUUGCCGGGCGACAGGACAUCCUGGACGACAGUGGCUACGUGAGUGCCUACAAGAACGCAGGCACCUACGAUGCCAAGAUGAAGAAGUGAGGCCUGGCCAGGGCCCCCAGCACGGCUGCCCCGCCAGAGGCUCGGGCCUAGGCCUGAGGGGCACGCGGAGCAAGAGAGCCCGGUCCCCUCCCUGCUGGACCUGCCACCCAGCGCUUCCUGCCCAGCCCACCAGGCCUCUGACCCAGACUGCUCUGCGGCCCCUUCCCCACCCACUUCCUCCCCCAACUUCUUUCCAUCUGGGGAGAUUCUGUGCCGACAGCCUCACCGCCCCGACUGACCGCUGGGCAUGGCUAACUCCUGCCUGCUUGCCUCAUAUUUAAGCUGCUGCUCUGGCCAAGUGCCUGAUCCUGACCCAGACCUCAAUAAAGACCCCUUUUGUACCGGUCA